AUGAUCCCUUGCAUCGUGCGGUCAUGCCUACGACUCCUGGCAUGGAAUCACAGGCCGCCAUGUAGGUCGAGGCAUGGGGGCAGUAUGUCUGGUAGUGGGCCAGAGAGGUACGGUGGAUGUGCCAGCCCCGUGCAUGUGUGGCCAUCCGUCGCAGUUGCUCUGCCGCUCGAGCGCGCCGGCGACGGCGGAGUUCCAAGCGGGCUACCUGGCUACGGACUGCUCCCUAGCCCAGACAUCCUGGUCGCGAAGCUGUUGGCUCGGGGAGUGCUUUUUUCGCCGGAUCGGCUUCUCCGUGGGAACUGGGUACAGCCAGUGCGGUGCGGCAGGCUUGGCUGUUCGUGGGUGACGCGAGGACGGGAGUCAGGCAGUCAGCGUUUCGUCGCGUCGGGCCUUGGGGAAGAAGGCUCUAGAAAAGUGCAAGCUAUUUGCCUGCAAUUGGACGGUUGGAUCAUGAUCUGA